AUGUCUGCGGAAAUCUCGACGCCCAACGCUGCUCCCAAGCCCUCAUCCCUACACAUCGAGGACAACCAAGACGAUGGCAAGAUCAGCAACAUUCAACACGGCGAUACAGCACUGGCAUUGUUUGCCACGGGCGAUGAACUGCGAUCAGUCGACGCAGCCGAACUCAAGCGGCUGGAGAGGAAGAUAGACUGGGCAAUCCUGCCUUGUCUGUCCGUCUGCUAUGCCUUCUACUAUGAAGAUCUACACCUGUCCGGCCAGCAAUACUCCUGGCUUUCGUCAGUGUUUUACUUCGGCUUCCUCGUCUGGGCCAUCCCUACCAACUUUCUUCUCCAGAAGUUCCCCGUGGCCAAAUAUCUCGGCGUGAACAUCAUACUAUGGGGCGUCUUCCUCAUGCUACAGGCUGCGGCGAAGAACUUCACACAGCUUGUUGUGCUGCGAGUCAUCUCGGGGGCUGCGGAGGCAUGCAGUGAUCCUGCCUUCAUGUUGAUCACGAGCAUGUUCUACACGAGACGCCAGCAGCCCAUCCGCAUCGGGCUGUGGUACACUGCCAACGGACUCGGCAUUGCCCUCGGAGGAUUGCUGGGGUAUGGCAUCGGGCACAUCCAGGGGGCUCUGUCCUCGUGGAAGUACGAGUUCCUCAUCAUCGGUGCGUUAUGCACCGCCUGGGGCAUCGUCAUCUUGAUCCUGCUGCCCGACUCCCCAGUGACGGCGCGCAAUUUCUCCCCACGGGAAAGACGGUUGGCGGUGGAGAGGCUCCGCGACAACCAGACAGGCGUGGAGAACAAGAUCCUCAAGCCGGCGCAAGUCCUAGAGGCGCUGCUCGACUGGAAAGUGUGGGCGUUCCUGCUGCUGGGGCUCUCUGGCAACAUCCCCAAUGGCGGAAUCUCCAAUUUCGGGACCUUGAUCAUUUCCGGAUUCGGCUUUUCGACCUUGGUGACGACCUUGAUGCAAGUUCCCUACGGCGUGUUUAUAGCCCUCAUGAUCCUCCUCAGCGUGUACACCAACGAUCGCCUGCCGCCCAACAACCGCUGCAUCGUGACCAUCCUUUUCCUCCUCCCCAAUGUUGCAGGUGCAUUCGGACUCUGCUUCCUUGCUGAAGAUAACCGCGUCGGUCGGUUGAUCUGCUACUACUUAACCGGGUCGUACAACGCCUCCUUCGUUCUCAUUCUUUCCAUCCUGACCGCCAACAUUGCCGGUCACACGAAGAAGGUCGUCACCAACGCGAUGAUCUUUCUCGGAGUGUGUGCGGGAAACAUCGCCGGUCCGUUCUUCUACAAGUCAGACCAAGCACCACGGUACCAGCUGGGGAUCUGGUCGAUGAUCGUGUCCAACCUGAUUGAGAUUGCGCUGGUGGUGAUUUUGCGGAUCAUGCUGGCGUGGGAAAAUCGGCGACGGGAUGCAGCGCAGCAGCACGGAGACCCCACGGCAUGGGACCGCGACCAGACGGCUUUCAGUGACCUCACGGAUAAGCAGAACUUGAAUUUCCGGUACGUGUACUGAGAGUGCCAGAAAGCGGGGUGAGGGGAAAGUGCAUGUGCGG